UGGUCCUGCUCGCCUGAAAUGCCGUACUGUACCAAAGUAAUUAUAGAUACUGAAGGGAUGCUGAGGCCAGACUUUAGCUUAGGGAGUGUGUGCGCCUACGUAUGCCGCAGAGACAGCGCUCGCCCCACCCUUACAUCUCCCCCAGCACAGACUGCAAAAGGGGUAGAGCUGGAUCUUUAUUGAUGGGAUGGAUGGGGAGGGAGAUGUGGGGAAUUAGACGGAUGGCGAGGCAGUUGAGACGAACCAUGGCAGUGCUGGGCAGUCUGUGCUCAGUAAUGCCACCGUCGUGGCCAGCCUCUGUUCACCAACAAUUCCAUCGCUGACAUGUAGAGAAUGAUAAAUGCCAAGAGAGGACUAGAGAUCUGGCAAAGCUAGGUCGCUGCAUGAGAAAGACACCUGCAGCAUGGGACUCACCUGUUUCAAGUCUUGGAAGUUUGACAGCGUCACACAGAAAGGGGGGAACAGAGAUGUGUUAGUAAGCCCAGGAUCAUACUUCUUCCUGUCUAACAGCUGUGGUCAAGGAGAAGAAUGGCUGAAGAGCCUCAACAAAGGAGUCUGGAUACCUUUCACAGGUGUGUUUGGUCAGCGGUUGGAGGAGACGGUGCUGUAUGAGCGUCGGUAUGGAGACCACAUGGCUCCACUUGUGGUGGAGCAGUGUGUGGACUUCAUUAGGGAGCAGGGGCUGAUGGAAGUCGGACUCUUCAGGCAACCCGGCCAGGCAACACUUGUCAAAGAGCUGCAAGAGGCUUUUGAUGCGGGUGAAAAACCUUCCUUUGAUAGCAGCACAGAUGUCCACACAGUGGCCUCUCUGCUGAAGCUCUACCUCAGAGAGUUGCCUGAACCAUUAGUACCCUUCUCUCGCUAUCAAGAGUUUCUUAUAUGUGGCAAAAAAAUCCCCUCAGACAGGGAACAGGGAUUGCUGGAAUUAAGAAACCUUCUUCACGAGCUACCAGUAGCUAAUUUUAAACUGCUGAAGUACAUCUGUCAGUUCUUAAAUGAGGUCCAGUCCUUCUCUAGCACCAAUAAGAUGAGUAUCCAAAACCUAGCAACUGUUUUUGGACCAAACAUUCUUCGACCUAAAGCUGAAGACCCUGAAAGUAUAAUUGGGGGUGCGGCUGUAGUGCAGCAUCUGAUGUCAGAGCUGAUCAGAGAGCACAGUGUGCUCUUCUCAAGAGAAAACAACCGCAAGACACCAGGAACCUCCCUACCAGCUUUUGCUUCCAUACAUAGACAAGGCAGCCGGGUAGAUUGGGUGCACACCAAGCCUACUGCUCCUCCAGGAGAGCCUCAUCUAGGAUUUAACACCAACUGUGUGCCCCAACCAGCUCAGACUUUCAAGCCAUGCUCCCGGAAAUUUUCUCUACCUCUUAUGACUGAACAGAGAUUUUCUUCCCAAAGUUCUCACACCCCUCAUCACCUACCUGAGAUACAGCAGCAAAAAAUGGAAGUCUCUUCUCAGGCAAGCUCGGCUCUUCUUUAUGAAAACCACAGUCCAUCUCUCUCGGCACAGGAGUCUCCUCACUCUGGACUUGUACACCCCCCCACCACACCACCAACUGCCUCCUCCUCAACGAUUACAGUGGCAGAAGUUGGGCAUGAGGGCUGUUUGCAGUCUACAAGCUGGCCUGGCCUGAGGCAAUGGGAGACAGAGAGAGCUCUAGGGAACAGAGAGGGGAGCAGUGAAGCCCAGGACAGCACAUUAUCUGUGUAUGACAACAUGGUAACUGGGGUGCAGAUGGAUGACUGUGUAGAAGAAGGGGAAGCUGGCACUGGGAUAGUAGACUUGGAGGGUGGUACUGCUAGAAUGGCCGACAGCACUAGUUCCUGGUCCUCCUGUGAGAUCCUGCUUGGGGAUGGGGGCUCUGGUAGUGGUGGAACUGCUAGUCCCUGCCACAGCUCUGUAUGUUUCCCUUCUUUCAGGUCGGAACUUGGAGAAAGUGAUGUACACCCAAACUCCCCUGCUUCUUCCACAGCCCCGACAGAUGCCCCACUAAGUACAGGUAGCAGUGAGGUCUUUCUUCCAAAUGCUCCUUCAGAUUCACAAGACCCCCCUGCCCCUCAAGCAAUACAGUGCCUCGUGGUUGGCCUACGGCAGCAAAUGGCCAUUCAGAAAGCUGAGUAUGAAGACAAGAUCAACAGGUUGGAACAGCGUAACGAGGCCCUCCAGGGGCUUGUAGCAGGACUGCGUGCAACUCUGGAGCAACAGCGCAGAUGUGUCAGCGUCGCUGAAAUCAAGAUGCGGAACAUGGAACGAGCUCGGGCUGAUGCAGACCGACGAAAUGCUGCACUACAAUGCGAAAUGGAGCAGUUCUUCGACACCUUUGGAGAGCUAAACUCGGAGGCUCGGAAAACAGAGCGCAUCAUUCAAAGCUUCUGAGACUCCUGAACAGUGCUGCCAUACUGAGACUGACACCUAAAAAUUCUCUCCGGCAUGUACAAAUGUUAACAGCUGACUGGAUCAAGCGUGAAAAUAGGAUCCAAGAACUGAAAAAGAAGACACGCAUGUCUGCGAUACAGCUAAACAAAGACAAAGAAAUGACCCAAACGUAGGAUAGGAGGUGUUAGCAAGCAUGGUAUUAUAAAAUACACAAGAAAGAGUCUAUUCUUAUUAAGUAUUGAGUGUAACAUCUUAAGAGACUGUUUCAACUUUGAUGUAUGACUAAACUCCUUAACUAACACUGGGGGAUUCAAGUGAAAUUAAACUCAAAUUAAAUUAACUCUAUUUACCAACUUUAAUAAAAAACAAAACAGUAACACAGAU